UAUGGCAACAAAACGUUACAACUUCCUCGCGGUGGACCUAUUCUCUACGCUUAUAUCGUCACGAUUGAGUCAUAUAUGGGUAUCGUGGAACGAGACCCACUCUUGGCUGACGUGAUAAGUCAAAUACUGAUCGAUAUCUGUGAGGGGAUCCCGGAUUUUGAAUCACUUCUUUUGGGGAAGCUUCUCCGAGCAUCGCAAUUGCUGAGUUUGAAUGAGGAGAAAUGAUUUGAUAUCGCACUUUUCUAUAGCCUCGCAUUUACCGAGCACUUAGCUGCUGCCGACGAUAUACGGUCUAUGCUUGACCCUGAAACUACCGCCAUCAAGUUGUACAUCCACCUCCAUGUUGUAGGAUUGUCCAGCAAAAAGAUUUCCCAUUUUAAUGCUGCGUCACUCUGGAGAGUAUUGUCAAUAUUAACAAAAUCAAAAGUGAGACCAAUGGCAACCGCUGCUAUCCUGCUCGAACUCGUGGAGACCGGUAGCGACCAUUUACUGCGACUCUACCAGAAAAGGUGGUCAGAGAUUUUCAAUGAGAUUGCCACUUCUCUUGUUCCUAGUAUCCAAGCUGACGUCAAUGAAAGCGAAGCAAGAAAGAAUGCAGGCGAGGAUAUCAUAUUAUCAAGUUUACGGCAUGCAAUAUCACGCCAUUCUCCAAAUGCUUUAGUUAACUAG